AUGAAAUCAAUCAUUUCUAGUACAUCAUAAUUGCAGAGCUUUUUGUAAAUCUGAAUAAUCUAUCACUCCUCUAAGAGUACCUUAUAAGUAUAAUUAAAUAUUUACUAUUUAGAGGUGGUUCUCAAUUAAAUUGUCUAUCCAAAAAAUCCAAUAAUUGUGGGAAUUUAAUAGAAUCUGUUUUAAUUGAGUAUAAAUAAUUAUGCUCAUGGAUUAUUAGUGAAAUCACUUAAAAAUUAGAUUAAAAUCAAAUAAUAUCGAAAAUAAACACAUAAUUGUAAUAAUUUGAAAGAUUUCUUUCUAAAAAAUUGGAUAGCUAUACACAAGAAUUAUCUAUUCUAAAAAUGAUUCAUUCAGAAAAUUAAAUCACUAUCAAUUAAUUGAAUAUUACAAAAGAAGAUCUAAAAGUAAAAUGA